AACCCGGAGCACACGGGUGUCAAGGUGUUCUUGGUCCCUUAUAACCUGCAGGACAUGCCAGCCGGUAGCCGAACAUUUCUGCGCCAGCGCACAUAUGUACGGCGAGCCAACACCGAGACACGUCGAGUCCUGACCUACUCAAUCCAUCUUCAGCUUGAGACCAAUAGCCGCGGUGCCCUGCACCUCGUGGGUGAUAUGCGGAUGGUCUUUGCC